AUGAAGCAAGAGCUCAGUGCCCGAAGCCGAAAUAACAAUUCGGUUGACGAAUACUUUUCGAAGAAACUUGAGUCCCAUUCACAAGAUAUUAACGAUACCAAAUACGGAUUCAUGUACCCUUCUUUAGGCGGUGGAGGCAGAGGCACUGGUUAA